GUCACUUCCCUAACGCGGAAGUCAACACGUGGGGGGCAGAACGGUUCCACCACGCUCGCUUUGCAGGCCACGUAACUCGCUCCGUUUCAGAAUCGGCAGGUGAAGCCUCGUGUCCGUCGCCAUGGCAGUCAGAGCAUCGUUCGAGAAGAACAACGAGAUCGGCUGCUUCGCCAAACUCACCAACACCUACUGCCUGGUGGCGAUCGGAGGCUCCGAGAACUUCUACAGUGUGUUUGAAGGGGAACUGUCAGAAACCAUCCCGGUGGUUCACGCCUCCAUAGCAGGUUGUCGCAUCAUUGGGCGGAUGUGUGUGGGGAACCGCCACGGUCUCAUGGUGCCCAGCAACACGACAGACCAGGAGCUGCAGCACAUCAGGAACUGUCUGCCAGAAGCAGUGAAGAUCCAAAGGGUGGAGGAGAGGCUGUCCGCCCUCGGCAACGUCAUCGCCUGCAAUGACUACGUGGCGCUGGUCCACCCCGACCUCGACAGGGAGACAGAGGAGAUCCUCGCCGACGCCCUGAAGGUGGAGGUUUUCCGUCAGACGGUAGCUGAGCAGGUCCUGGUUGGCUCCUACUGCGCGUUCAGCAACCAGGGAGGCCUGGUCCACCCCAAGACGUCCAUAGAGGACCAGGACGAGCUGUCGUCCCUGCUUCAAGUUCCCCUGGUGGCGGGCACCGUGAACCGGGGAAGCGAGGUGAUCGCAGCCGGAAUGGUGGUCAACGACUGGUGCGCGUUCUGUGGCCUGGACACGACCAGCACCGAGCUGUCCGUCAUCGAGAGCGUCUUCAGACUCAGCGACACGUCCCAGCCCUCUGCCAUCGCCACCAGCAUGAGGGACUCGCUGAUCGACAGCAUGGCGUAAGCCGGCGCGGAGCUCUGCUGCGGUUCGCCCCGGUCUCACGCACGCCGCCGCCGCCACCACUCGUAUGCCGGACCUCAUUUCUCAGCCUCCUUCAAAAGAGAUAAACGAGUCUCGUCUUGAGUCUUGUUCAGACGGCGUCCCAGCUCUCACCUGCAGCUGCUGUGUCUCUCGUCACUUCAUUCAGGAGGGUCACUCUUUUCUCAAACACCUCAAUGACCUCAAUCAUUGUUUUAAAGCCAAAAAAAUCUGGUACCUGCAAGGAAAUCAUCAGAGUAAAAUAAAAUUUAAAAAGCUUCAGCUCCACUCACCUUUAAUUUAUGAAGGGCGCAUAUGUUCGGUGGUAGUUUUUCAGAGUGGAGGCCGAGUCUAUGGAAGUUACCAGGACAAACAGGUUGAGGAGUCUGAGAUUUCAGCCUUUGUGGCACCAACAUGAAUAUAUAUAUAUUUUUUUUUAUCAAACAAGUUGACAUAACACACAUUUGUUUCUGUUUGAUAAAAAAAAAAUGUGUGAACUCCGUCUGUAGGAGUCUUUGUUCCAUUUCCUCGACAGACUCGCCAACAACACAAACGUUGAUGAGACUCUGAAGGGUGACAGCGCCCCCUGCAGGCUCAUUGUUGUUGUCACUGAAAGCCUUUGAAUUUGAUUGGUUCCUCACCUGCCUGCCGCUAUGAGAAAUUUAACAUACACACACACACACACACACCUUAAACGUGGCAACUGUGAUUAACAUUUUUUUUGUUUGUUUUUUACACAAACCACUGUCGCUUCUGUCGAGGAAACUGUAAGAACAGAAAAUGAAGAUGUAAAGAGAAAGAAGCUUCCUGUGCCUGUGUGCUCAGCUAUGGAUAAAAGCGGAGGCGGAUGUUUUUUGUUUUUUUGGUCUGGUAGAAAUGAGAUGCACCGAUUCUGCGCUCACAGACUGAAAGGCCUCUGUCUGUAAACGCAGAACGAUCGGACGGAUAUUUUUCCGAACCUACGAAAUGUCUCGUCUUGUCUUAAAGUAAAAAUAAAAUCAAUCACCCUCUUUUUAA